UCCAAAUAGGAGAAGGAGAAGGAGAAGGAGAGGAGUAGGGUUUUAGGGGCGGUUUAAACACAGCAUAAAUAUUACGCUCCGUUUCUCUCCUUACCCGCGCUCCACCUCUCGUCGUCUGCCGUCCCUCUCUCUCCCUAUACCCCCACGCUCUCGCUCGUUCGAGUUCAUCUUCAUGAUUGUCCGUUGUUUUGGACUCUCGGAAAGUUGAAAUCUCUGGUUAGAGUUGAAUGCAUUUUUGGUUGCUUCGAGGAUCGUAUGAGACGGGAAAGAAUUUCAGGUGUCUUGGGCCCUUGGCAGUGGGCUUCUGAUGGAGGUGUUCAUCAAAUACUUGAGCUGUUUCUUAGAAGUGGGGAUGGAGUGCUUCAGUAGAUCCUGAGCUUUGCCUAAUCUGAGUGACACAUGAAGUUAAAAGACAAAAGCUCCAUCUAAAUCAACCAGAAUGUCUCUUCGAUUUCAACAUUUGAGGCAAAUUUUAAGGUUCCUGCCCUGCUUCUGCUGGGGGAACCAUUAUCAACAAUAUAAGCUAGCCAAAAGCUUCUCGGCUCAAUCUUUUGCCCUUCUGCCUCAUGCAUUUGACAAAAUCUACUCAGGAACUGCAGAGAGAGGUUCUCAUUCUCGCAGGUACUCAACAAUACCCAAAGGUUCAAAACAGUCUUCACAUGUUGAUGAUAUCUUAUCCUUCAUCAAAUCUGCUCUUAAUGAACCUGAAGGUCCUCACCAUUGUUGGUUGAAUAAAAUUGAGGGAGAUGAACAGUUUUCAAAGAGAGAUGGAACCUUUAUGGUACUUGCUGGACGGAUCCUUGACAGUUCUCAAAUGGUGGGUGGUGAGUUUUGUGACCCAGUAAGUAUGUUUGAGAAAGUAAAGGCUCUUCAACAGAGGUUGCCUCAUCUCUCUGUGAUGGGCUUUCAGCCUGGUUAUUCAAUUUCCUCAGCCGCUGAUAGAACUGAUCUGUUUCAAUUGAUUAUGAAGGAGUACAUCACGUUUCCCAUUUUAUUAUCUAGGAAGAAUUUUUUUGAGAUUGAAAAUGGCAUAUGCUUCAUUUUAUUUAAAGAUUUCAGAAAUCCUUUAGUUUUCAACGAGAAGAGCUUGGAUGUUGAAACGCUGAUUAAAGCUGUCGAGGGGUUAAACACACAAGACAAUAAAAACUUUAGUGCGCUUUUGCAAAGCUCUUGGGUAAAACUAGAUGAGGGCCCUAAAGAAUCACAGUUAUGUUUUUCUAUGCAGAACUUACUUCUUUACUUCCCAGGAUGUAUCUCCACAGAUGAAGGUGGUGAACGCUUGUUUCUCUCUGACAGCAAUCAUCAUCGCAUAAUCAUAUUUGAUGGCAAUGGAAACAUUCUGGAUUGUAUUGGUUCUUGUCCAGGGUUUGAAGAUGGCGAUUUCGAAUCUGCUAAGAUGGCGCGCCCUGCAGCUUCGUUUUAUGAUGAAGAUGAUGAUUGCCUAUAUAUUGUAGACUCUGAGAACCAUGCCAUCAGGAGAGCUGAUUUGGUAAGGCGCGUUCUGGAGACACUUUAUCCAACAUCUGACGUCAGUAAAGGAAAUGGUAGUUUAUGGAGCUGGAUCACCAAUAAGCUGGGUUUCGGAAUAAAUGCUGUUAAGAAACCUGAAGAAUUUGACUCCCAAUCACUACUGUUUCCUUGGCAUCUGUUGAAGUCGGGUAACGUCUUCAUAAUUAUUAAUCGAAGCUUUGAGAUGUCUUGGGUCAUGGAUGUGGCUUCGGGAGAGAUAAAACAAAUUUUCAAAGGAUUUCCGAAGAUUUUGGAGUUUUGUGGAGAGAUGAUUAUGGAGAAACUAUCCCUUUUGAAUCAGAUGCCAUGUGAAUGGUUGGAACAGCAGACUGAUGGUUGCUUUUUGUUGAAGGGGUAUCCAUAUGCUGGUCUUAUAUCUUCCUUCACCACCUUCCAAAAUCAAAUAGUCAUGUGUGACACAGUUGGACAGAGGGUUUUGAAACUGAGUAGAGAAUCUGGAGUCUGUUCAGAUUUCCAGUUUUCAAACUUUGGGAUCCUUGGUUUACCUUAUUGGUUUAAUGUUCCUUUGGAGAGAGUUUAUGCUGCUGCCAAAGGCCUUUGUGUUGCUGAGACUCACCAUCUUCAACGCAUUGAUUUGUUGCCAGGUAGGGUUGACAUGCAGUUAAAUGUAGAUAUCCCUUUGGAUUUCGAGCUUAUUGAACCAUUGAAUAAAAGCUGCAUAUGGCAACAGGCUAGAGGGGCUGCUACUGUUUUUACUGGAGCUGAGGGUGUUGUGGGAUCCACUGAGAAGGUUGGUGUUGCCCAGCAGUUUUAUGACGAGUUGGAUAAUCUGGCCUUCUCAGACCCCGUAGAAGAACUAAAUGUCGCAGAUACUGAUGCCAUUUCAGAUUUGAAAACUCCAGAUGACUUAGUUCAUAUUGACUGUACUGUCAAUACAAGUCCUGGAGAGAGUGAGGUGAUUAUUUCUGCGGCUUUGUAUCUAAGGCUUAGAAGUCCCAAUUUAAAAGAAGAAAGUCAAGAAAAAUAUGCGGCAAGAAUAGCAGAUAUUUUGAACCCAGAUGGAGGAAUAGACAGAGACUCAUGCAUCGCGUUCUUGUUAAAAUCGAAGCGCGAUUUGAGGGAUCUCAUUUUCAUGAAACCUCUUCAUGUUCGGAUAAAGCUGGUUUGUCUUGGUCACCCGAAAGCACAUGGUAAUUCAAAAGAAAUCGUGGUAACUCACUCUUCAAUUAAUUUCGGUAAUAUCACUUGACACAAAUUCAUUGCCUGUGCACAACCAAAAUAUUCUGCUUUUGUAAUUUUCAUUGUUGUAUUGAUGUGUGCGCCAAUUCUUUGAAAUAAAUGAAUUGAUUAGAAUGUCAAGUUUUGUUGGUCAACAUUGAAAUUCGAAUGAGAAUCACCCUAUAGUAACUUUUUAGUUGAAGUGCAAAAUAUAUGUUGUAAUUCAUGAACUGUUGUAUCCCAAGAGUUGAUAUUCUUGUGUCAAUAAAUUACAUAUUUGGCUUUCUAA